AUGUCGAGAAUCAUCAUCCGCAACUGCUCCAUCCUGACUCUGGAUGACAAAGACACGUUCCUGUAUCCAGCCACCCUGGUCAUCCAAGACGACCGCAUCGUCGACAUAUUCGAGGGCGAAAAGGACCUCACCUCCUCCAUCCCCACCACCAUCAUCGACGGCACCGACAAACUCGUCAUGCCCGGCCUCGUCGACCUCCACUUCCACACCAGCGUCGCCAAGGGCUACAACGACACCCUCCCCCUCUGGGAAUACCUCGACACCGUCUGGUACCCCUCUAUCCGCGCCCUCACCCCACACGGCGCCCUCACCGCGGCCCUGCACUCCUACACCACCGCCCUCAAAUCCGGCACCACCACCGUCAACGACAUGUACCGCUUCGUCCCGUCCCUCGCCUCCGCCGCGCGCCAAACCGGCAUCCGCGCUUUCCUCGCCAACGACAUCGCCCUGCCAUCCCACCGCCUCGACACCCUCGCCGACAACGUCGCCGCCUACCACGCGCACGACGAAGCCGCGUCGGGCGGCCGCGUACGCGUGUGGAUGGGCGUCGAGUGGCUGCCGCUGGCGGACGAGGCGUUGCUGCGGGAGAUAGGAGACGCGGCGAGGGAGUUGCGGACGGGGGUGCAUGUGCAUCUGUGCGAGUCGGCGUCCGAGGUCGCGGACACGGCGACGCGGUACGGCAGCAGCGGGGACGGGGACGGGGACGGGAAGAAACGUACGCCGGUGGAGGUGGCAAGGGAUGCGGGGUUGCUGGGGCCGAACACGGUGGCGGCGCACUGCGUGCAUUUGUCCGACAGCGAUAUAGAGAUUCUCGCGGCGACGGGGACGCAUGUGAGUUGGAAUCCUGGGUCGAAUGCGAAGCUCGGGAAUGGGGUGGCAAGGGUCGGGGAGAUGGUUGCUGCGGGCGUGAAUGUGGGGGUGGGGGUGGAUGCGUGCGAGUGCCAUAAUUCGACGGAUUUGUUUGAGACAAUGAAGAUUGGGAGUUAUGUGAGGAAGGUGGAGGGGAGGGAUGCGGGCGUUGGGCAGGCGGGGGAGAUUCUGAGGAUGGCGACGGGGAAUGGGGCGAGGGCGCUUGGCGUCGAUGCCGGGGUGCUGGAGAAGGGGCGGAAGGCGGAUGUGAUUGUGCUGGAUUUGAGGAAGGAUAUGAUGUUUACGCCGUUGUUGAAGGAGAAGGGGGAGAGGAGGAAGAUGUUGGAGAGUCAUCUUGUUUUUGGGUGCAAUGGGACGGCCGUCGAGACGGUUAUUGUGGAUGGGAGGAUUGUCGUCGAGGAGAGGAAGGUGCUGGGCGUGGAUGAGGAGCAGUUGAGGAGGGAUAUGGAUGAGUUGUUCGAGGGCUUGGUUGAUGAGAUGGAAAAGCAGAGGUAUGAUCGAGAGAAGGCUCAGUGA